AUGAACGGAGGAAAUAUUGUUUCUGUAAUUUCGGACUGUGGAGGAAUUGAACAAUUGAACUACCGAAAAAUUCAUGAUGUUGCUAUGAGUGCGUUUUUUGAAUCGGAAUAUGCGGGAAAUAAUACGAUGCGGUCUGAGCUCUUGAAACAAGGAAUUCAACUUGGUCAUUCAUGCUACAAGUUGAAUCCCACUCUGAAUUGCUCUCGGAAUAUUGCAUUGUGUAGUCUCAAUCUAGCGGAAUUAAAGAAAGAUUUAGACCAGAAGUUGAGACAUUUGGAAACAGCGAUGAAUUUCUUUCAAAAAUCUGUGAUUCAUUUACAUGAAAAUCCAACUGAUACUCAACAUUUCGACCUGUUGCAUUUGAAAGGACGUCUUGCUUUGACGAUUUCCACGCUGCCUAUAGAAGCUCAUUUUGAACAUAUUUUUUCGAAACAUGCUUUCAAGCUUUCACUGGAAGAUGCUGUCAAAUGUUUCGAGAAAGCUGAAGAAAUUAAAUCUGGAGACUUAGAAAAUCAGUUCUACUUGGCCCACUGCUAUGAGUUGCUCAAAGACUACGACUCAGCUCUUAUGUGGUUCUAUGAGGUAACAACUUCGGCAGCAUUAACGGAAACUGGAAAGAGACUGAAAGCAAAAGCUCUAAACAAACUUCCUGAAGAUUGGAAACAAUGA